AUGGCAACGGAAGAUGUCGAAAUGGAAGAUGCUUCCGUUGAUCAAGCCCCGUUUCCGACCGUUCAUAUACUUCAGAUGGUGAAGGAUGCUCAACAACAACACGGUCUGCGACAUGCUGACUAUCACAGAUACAGGUCCUACUGCCGGUCAAAAUUAAACCGUGUUCGACAUGCUUUGAAAUUUACAAAUACUCAUAAAUGUGUGAGAAGACACAAAGCAAAGUUCAUCAAAAAACCUGUCAGUGAAGUUGAUUUUGCUGACGAACGAUUCAUCCAACUAGGUGUGUUUGAAGCGGAACGUCGGUGGGCUUCAGCCAUGUCAGAUAAGAUGGAAAUGGAGGAUAAUCCAGAUAAACUACGUAAACGUAUGUCUAUGCGUAUGCAUCUGAAACGUGCUGUUCUCCACGCCACUGCUCUUGAGCAGCUAGUGCGGAAUUCUAGCAGGUGUGAUGCUCCCACGAAACUUGAAGCGCAAGCCUACACAGCCUGGUUAGGUGGGGUUUGUGCAUUCGAGAUGCGCAGAUGGCCUGAAGCUUGUGAACUCCUCAAGACUGCACGACGGGUGUAUGAACGUCUUGCUGAAGCUACUCACAACACGACCUUAGCAAACCUUUAUAAAGCUAGAUGCCGAGAAAUUCAGCCACAAAUUCGGCUGUGCGAGUUCAGCUGUGCAGAAGCAACCGGCAAACCUGUGGACGGUAUGAUGAACGAAUUGAUGGAGAUUAGAGCACAAGGCACUGAUAGUGAGGCCGUAGAUCGGCUCAUAGCUGAAAUGCGCUCAAAGGCAUCGUGUGACGACGCUGUUGUAGUCGAAUGGGGCGGCUUUAAAUCAACCGUUGAAGACGAUAAAGCGCGGCAAGUUGUUCAAGGUUGGAAGCAGGUUCACAGUGAAUUGUCACAGUGCGAAACUCCGAAAGAAAGAAUGGCUUUAUAUGAGAAACAACUAGCAGACACACGUGAUGCUCUGGAACGAAUUUCCGAUUUAAUCCGUAGGAAAACUUCAGAUAACGCAGAUUCAACGAUGCUGCAGUCGAUUAGAUCAUAUCUAGAAUUCUUGAAGAUGCUUGGAACCGCCUCACGCUACUUAGCAAUGAUUGAAAAUACAAAGUCUGAGAAGAAAUCGAAACCACAGGAUCUCUUGCGUUUGUACGACUCUGUAAUUGAGGUGUAUAGAGAGCUUCUCCAGUUACCUGGUGUGGAAUUGGAUAGGAAUCUCACACAGGCAGUCUCAGCUAAAAUCGAGUAUUAUAGGGCGUUUAGAUGUCAUUACAUGGCGGCUGCAUAUGCUGCUCUAUCUCGAUUUGGGGAAGCUGUUGCUCUUUUCGAACGAGCACUGCAACGUUGCAAAGGCGCAAAGACACUUAUUUCAAAGCUGAAAGGGAACACAUACAUGAAUGAAGAAACAGAGGAAGCACUUCGUAGUCUCGUCGCUGAUAUUGAACAAGCACGAAUAGCAGCGAGAGCAAAACGCCUAACAGCAGCGGCUGGUAUUGCCGAUGAAGGAGAUGAGAAAGCGGCACGUGACAUCGAUGACAGGCCCCUUAUCGACACCUUUGCUGAGUGGAGACAAUGGGAUGUUGCCGGUGCACUUCGCGAGAAACGUAACAUACCUGUAGCAGAGAUGCCUCCGCCGUUUAUUCUUAUGCCAAAUAAGCCAUUGUUCUUCGAUUUGGCCUUGAAUCAUAUCAAAAUGCCAGACCUUGAGGAUCGGCUAGCAAAAUGUAUAGAAGGUUCGAAAACAACUCCAGUUUCUAAAAAGGCUGCCGAAGCAGCGAGAGCAAAAGGAACUACGACUGAGGAACAACAAAGCGGUCUAUCUGGAAUGGUGAAAGGGUGGAUAUGGGGCAAGAAAUAG